GGCGAAGCGAUGCUCUCCUCGUGGCGCGCGAGGUGGAGCAUCGCCUCGGGUUUUGGCCCUGCUGGCCGAUGCCUGCCCACGCAGAGAUGGGGGAUGUGCAGGCUGCUCCCUUCGGGCUUCGAGGGGCCUCUCUCCUGCCGGGGUGGUGGGAUGGUGGACUGACAUCUCGAGACCUGCAAUUCAGGGCCGAGCGCCCCAAUGCCCAUGCUGAGCUGAUCCAUGUCCAUUCGCCAUUACUGAAGGAAUCCCAUUCCGUCUCUUUUCCUCCGCUUCCUCCCAUGUUUGGUCUCAGCGGGCUGGCUGACCUAAAUGUUCACGUCUUGGCAAGAGUGCGCUGGGCACUAGACAGCAAGGCCAGGCCCAGCGACACGACAGCAGAUGGCAUGCACCAUGGCCCAGUGGGGAGUGAGGAUCGGUGCGCCGCUGCCGCUGGUCGUGCGCGAAGGUGGAGCAUCGCCUUCGCGCUGCAGCUCCACGGCUCCGUGGCCGACCGCUGCACCGUCCUCGCGCUGCCCUGUGCGUUGCUCGCCGUGUCGCUGAACUUGCUCAAGGAGAUGUACCCCGAGUCGGCGCUGAAGCAGCUGGAGGGGGACUUCAGCGCCCACGUCCACCAGGGCUUCUCCUUCGUCCUGGGCUUCCUCAUCGUCUUCCGGACCCAGCAGGCGUACUCGCGGUGGUGGGAGGGGGGCACCUUGCUGCAGGAGCUCAGGGGCGAGUGGUUCAACGCGUUCAGCAACCUGAUGGCAUUUCUCAACCACGACGAUGACCCCGAGAUUCGGGCGAAGGUGGAGCUCUUCAAGCACAAGAUGGCGCGCCUCUUCAGCCUGCUGUACGGCACGGGCAUCGAGCAGGUGCACACGAUGAAGACGCCGCCCCGGAUGCAGUACAUCGACCCCACGGGCUUCCGCAACGUGCUCGCGUACAUGCACUCGAGCGGCACGCACGACUCCUGCGAGCUGGUCCUCCAGUGGAUUCAGAGGCUCAUCGUUGAGGCCAACACCGACAACAUCAUCAAGAUCGCUCCCCCCAUCCUGGCCCGCGUCUACAACCAGCUCGGGAAGGGGAUAGUCACUUUGAACCGGGCCCGCAAGAUAAAGGAGUUCAUCGUGCCUUUCAAUCUCGCGCAGCUCAUCGCGGUGCUGCUGAUCGUGCACUGGAUCUCCACCGCGAUCGUGUGCGCCAUAAUGCUGUCGAACCCGGCGAUGGCCGGGCUCACGUCCUUCACCAUUUGCUGGGCGUUUUGGGGCGUGAACUACAUCGCGGUGGAGCUGGAGAACCCUUUCGGGGACGACUCCAACGACCUGCCGCUCGUCGAGAUGCAGGAGGACAUGAACCAGAGCAUCAUCAGCCUUCUGCGCCCGCACGCCAUCCGGCCCCCAGUGUUCGAUUUCGACGCGGCCCGCGACGCGGACCUGGAGAAGGCGCUCUCGAUGGACUUUGCAGCGCACGAGAACCUUGGGAACGGGGGGUCCACUUCCUUCUCGCGGUUCCGCAAGAAUCAAGCCGCCCCCCCUCGUGGACAGCUGCGUCGAGGGCAACUGCUUCUCCGGCAGCGGCACCUACGGUAGUCAGGCCUGGCCGACGACCCGUCCUACCGGGACAGCCAGCUCGCCGCGCGGAGCCCGCCCGCCGGCCCCGGCGCCGCGCCGGCCGGCCACGGCGGGGCCCCCGCGCCGCUCGCCGCCGCCCCGGUGGGCCGGCGGGAGGCGCCCGAGGUGCCCUCGCCGGCGUCGCCGGCGAACAGCCUGGCCGCCCUGCUGCCGCGGGCGCCGUCUGAUGGGCCCGCCCCCGCCCGUGGCGAGUGGAACCGGGGCGCUGGCCCGCGACGGCUCUCGAGAUCGAGCUUGGGCCGGGGUGGCGAGCCCCACCUCGCGAGCGCGGCACAUGCCUCGGGGAGCCCGCAGGCCGGCGCCCCCGGCAGCCCGAGCGGCGGCAGCGGCGCUGCGGGCUGCCGCGGGCCGCCCCCG